AUGCCUGACACGGAGAAGAAAGCGCCUUUUCGAGUGGCAAUCAUUGGCGCUGGCAUGGGCGGUGCAACAGCUGCGUACUACCUGCGUCAGCUAUUUGGUUCGGAAGUGGGUAUCACCGUGUUUGAACAAUCCGGACGAAUCGGGGGUCGGAUGAAAUCUGCCAAUUUCGCUGGUCAGCUAAUCGAGACGGGUGCCAGCAUUUAUCACACCAGCAACCGUUAUAUGGUGAGCUUCGCGAAGAAGUUUGGUUUGAGCGUCCAGGACGUGAGUGCUUCGGAUAAUCGCCCCAUGAUAUACGAUGGUCGCGGUAGUCUCUCCUUCUCUUCACUGAGUGGUCCAUCGUUCUUCGUCCCAUUUCGCAUGUUUUGGCGAUAUGGGCUUCAGUUGGUCCGGUUAAAAUUUGUCACUAAGUCAAUCAUGCGGGAUUUUUCAAGGUGA